AUGAAGAUCCCGCAGCUAGUAAAUACAGCCUCUUCGCCAAUGAUGCUACAUUACCCAUCUCUCUCACCCUCGUUUAUGUCUUUACAGGCAUUACAAAUACAGUCAACCCACUCCCACCCUCCUCCCAUCCCCUUUUGUCUCCCACUCCCGCAACUAGCACACCCUCGCUCGGUUGCUCGUAGACGGCGGGAUGUGCUUCCAUCACCUUGCCUCUGGGUGCUAGCGCCCUCUCCACAACCCCCCUCGGCUUCACCGUCCCUUUGCACCGUCCAAUUCCCACUCAUACCUCGCUCUUCGAGGCCUCCAACUCCAACCGCUGUUUCCGCAUCUACCUCACUGCACCUACCACCGCUAUGCGAACCCCCUCAGAUCUCUCGUCCCCCGCCACCGCGCGACCUCUUCCCGCGCACUAGGAGUAGUCGGCGGAGGGAGGUGGUGACCGCCGCUCCGUUACCCGUAGAUAACGGCAAAGAAGACGGGGAUCCAUGGGUUGUUAGGUGA